UUUUUCUACCAGCUGUGAAACAGGAAGUCGGAAUAAGAGUAGAAGAAGAAUCGACAGACAAGAAGGGGAAGAAGAAGAAGAACGGUCGAACGAUCGAACGAUCAGCUGAGUUGUCUGUAAGAGUUCGACCAAAAACAUGACUGAAAGGUGUUAUUGUUGCCGCAAGUAGCAAUCAGUUAUGAACAGGAAACGGGCUUUGAUUUCAGACACUUUCAAAGUGAAGAAAAGAAGAAAUGGCCCAGAGAAGUUUGGAGUUGUCUGUAAUGGCAAUGGGCCAGUUGACGUCAAAUCUAGCCUGCAGUACCUCAUGACACUGUUUCCAAGGAAGCUCUUCAAUGACGCCUUGCCUACAAUUGUACUGAAGCAUCAACUCUACAGCCUACACAAUGACAAGACCUUAGUGGACAAGGAAGUGAACAAACUGCGAGAACAAGCGGAACUGCUGAUGUUCCAGCUCGGGUUCGAUACAGAAGCUUUUGGGCUGACUUUCACUUCAGACUACAAGGCCAAAGUGCUGGCAGGACAAGAGGGCAAGGUGACGCGAGCAACGGUGGAAAGGUUCUUGGAGAAAUUGUUGACUUCGUCGUGCACUGACCUGAGUUUCAGCAAAGAAAAAAUGCUCCGGGAGUUCCUCUUCACCGACUCAGAGAUAACGCAACUGGUGAAAUCAGGGGUCCUGACAGUGAGGGACGCAGGCAGCUGGUGGCUCUCCAUUCCAAACUCUGGCAAAUUCACAAAGUACUUUAUACAAGGCCGUAAAGCUGUCCUCGGUAUGGUGAAGAAGUCCAAAUAUAGUGAAGUCCUGCAGGCAGAGUUGGAGGAGCGGCGGACCAUUGCACAAGUGAAAUUUAAUAUGAAAUAUCAUAUACAUGAUAUUGUUGGUGCAGAUCUGGUGGAAAGCAUACCUACAACCUCAGGGGCAUUGUUGCGAUUUGUUGAAUCGUGAGGAAGUGUGACCAGUCUGUCGUCAGCGGACCAGAGAUUUGAAGGUGCACUAGCUGAACAAGGCUUGUGUUUGAGGACAGAGUAAAUGAAUGUAAGAUUUUACAUUUUGAUUCUUUGCCAAAUGGUGUAUAAAAACCUUGUAGGUUUAUGAAUUGACAUUAUUUUUGACCUGACAUUGUCAGGUUUUGAUUUAUGUUGUAAUAAAGAUUAUUAUUUCUUUCA